AUGCACAUAUUAUUUAAAACUUUGUUUUUAUUUUUUGCCUGCUGUUGCAAUGUCAAAUCAUCACCGUUGCAGCAAACAUCAGAUUCUGCAAGAAUAGUUAAUGGAUUUCAAGUUGACAUAACUGAGGUACCAUACCAAGCGGCAUUGCGGCGUAGUUCGAGCAAUAAUGGUGAAACGAUAUGGAAUCAUGUCUGUGGUGCUGUUAUCAUUAGUGAUAAAGGAGUCCUCACUGCUGCACAUUGUGCACCAUCUCGGUCUACUUCGCUGUCAUCACUAGGAGUCAGAGUUGGUACAAGCAAUAGAAAUUCUGGAGGUGAAACCUAUGAAAUUUCUUCUAUUGUUGCACAUGAAAAAUAUUCACCUGAAACUUUAGAGAAUGAUAUAGCUUUAAUAAAAACUGUUACGAGCAUAGUAUUUAGCCAAUCGGUAUCUCCAAUAGCAGUUGCCAGCCAAAGUCUUGAGUUACCUGGUGGUACUGAGGCAUUAGUUUCUGGAUAUGGCGAUACUUCGUACUCAGGCACGUCAUCCCAAGUGCUGUUGGCCGCACGAGUUAACAUUGUGGCUCAAGACACAUGCGCUCGGGCAUACCUUCGCCUUACAUCGAUCACAAGCGGAAUGAUUUGCGCUUUUGCUUCGAAUCCGUCAAGAGACGCCUGCCAAGGAGACUCCGGUGGACCUUUAGUAGCUAAAAAUCACCUAGUCGGUAUCGUGUCUUUUGGUGAAGGUUGUGCUGAUGCACUGUACCCAGGAGUUUAUACUAGAGUCUCUGAAUAUAACGAUUGGAUUGCCGACCAAUUACAGUAA